UCAGUGUCCGUUCGAAAAUGUUGGCGUUCGCAUAGUAGCGGUGUCUCCGGCUUUUUUUUCGUACUUCCGUCGCGAUUUUUCUUUUUUGUUUAAGUUCUCGUCGAUUUUUAUCGUUUUGUGUUACGCGAUUACUUUUUAAUACUUUUAAAAAAGUUCUAACUGUUUCUGGAUAAAACGAAGAUUUUUGAAUUUUAAUACUAAAUUUUUGAACGUUGGUUUUUAACAACAACGAACGAAAAAAAAAUCGAGCAGUGAUUGACAAAAGGUCUACAAAUACAAGAAUUCCAAUAAUCGUUAUAGUGAAGAAAAGUGACAUAUUUCUCAACUAAUUUGUCAGCUGGUAAAAUUAAAACACAUAAUAUGAAUUCGGACAUCUAGUCAGAACGAAACAACGAAAAAAGUGAAAAGCAAUAAAGUGGCAACACAAUAAGUGAAGCAAAAUGUCUACGCAAGAUGUACGUGGUCGUCCGUCGACACUUUUGCAACGAUAUCAACCCAAAGGUGGAUCACAAAAUCCACUACAACAACCGAUGGACAAUAGACCUAUUAGCAGAUCAACAAGCCAGCGAAGUCUCCAGAAUUCAACACUGCUCCAAAAAUACUACAAUAAGGCACCCUCACAAGAUUUGCAGAGUGAGAAUAUACCACCACAACCUGACCAGAGCCGUCAAAUGCCAACGAAAUCCAGCAGUCAACGCAGUUUAGAUCAGUCUAAAUUUCUCCAGCGUUACCAAAAGCAACACUCUCAAGAUUCACAGGAUGUGCCGAAACCCGACCCACAGCGUUUCAGUAGCCAAAAGAGUUUGGAAAGUUCAAAAUUAUUGCAGCGUUAUAACCCUGUCAACAACUCUCAAGAAUUUAGUGGGCUGGCUGCACGCGAGAGUACACCGGUGGCUCGAUUUGCACGUAGUGGUAGUUUAGAUCACGACAGGUUGGCCCGGCCAUCUCUACUGUCCAAAUACACACCGAGGUUUAAUCAAUCACUGAAUCGACACAAAACGAUGGGAGUAAGCGGCUACAGCAACUACAGCAGCCAGCAAAGCUUAGAACAAUCGGAACCACAACAGUCAACCGGUGAUUACAGCAGUGAUCAUUUCGAUCAGUAUUCAGCCGCUAAUAUUCGAAGUCGGUCGUCGAGUAUGGCCAAGGGUCUGUCCCGACGAAGCGCACAAAGGGAUUUAGAGCCGAGUAGUCAGACCAUGGAAAUGGAAGUUGAUCAAACUCCACUCGAGCCGGUAACACCGGAAACCCUACCUGUGGUUGUAGCUUCCGAGCCCGUUAUGGGAAACAUAGCGUCCGCUCUGCCUAUGCCGAUGCCGAUGCUAGGAUUGAUCCCUCCAACACCAACGGUCGAGAUGAAUUUGCCAUCCGCUCCUGAACCUAUUCCAGCUGUACAAACUGUUCAGCCUGAGCCGGAGAAACCAAAACGAAAAGAACCACAGAAACCACCUCGUAAAGAUCUUGCCUCUUCUACGACCGUGAGUAUUCCUACCAUUCCCACCAUCAAAACAACCAUAACCGUCGAUCCUCCGAAGCCCAUCAUCACCUCAAAAAAGGCCGCACCAGUCGUUCCAAAAGAACCAUCACCACCAUUGUUCAGCAAUAGGGACCACAUGGAACAUUACGGAAGCGCUUCCGUUCCCAAUCCAUUAACACCUGAUCAAACCCCAGCGCAUUUACGAUCACCACUAACACCACGACCCGCGGCACCUGCAACGCAAGCGAAAAAGGACACUCUGCUACUACCGAUCAGCGAUUUUAGCAGUCGCCGUAGCAUGACAGAUCUGAGGAAUUCAACAGAACUGGAACCCAACCCAUUUGACAUGGACAUUGAUGAGUUCAGUGAUAGGCGAGAGUUACGCAGCUUUACGAAGAAGAAAGAUCCUGUAAAAAGUACGCUAGCUUCGGCGUUCGAACAGAUUGCUGUUCUGUCCGUUCCACAAGCCAUGACUAACAUCGAGAAUAACGACGAUGCAAUCGAAGCCAUGCCACCCGAUCGGAAGUUGAAAAAGCGUGAUCACACAUACCAUCCUUCUUUUACACCCAAACAAACCAAACAGGAAGAAAAUGAAAAGAAAAAACUAGAAGAAAAGGAAAAACGAGAUGCCUUGAAAGCUGAACAGGAUCGUAAGAAAGAAGAGGAGCGACUGAAAAAAGAAGACGAAAAGUUGAAAAAAGAGCAGGACAAACUUAAGAAAGAGGAAGAAAAACAUCGUAGAGAGGAGGAAAAGUUGCGCGCCAUCGAUGAAAAGCGUCGAAAAGAUGAAGAGGGCAAGCAUAUCAAAGAAGAACAAAAGAGGCUAAAAACUGAGGAAGAUAAACGGCGAAAAGAAGAAGAAAAAUUGUUAAAAGAAGAAGAGAAACGCAUGAAGGAAGAAGAAAAACGUAUCAAAGAAGAAGAAAAGCGAAAAAAAGAUGAAGAGAAAAAGAGACAAAAAGCAGAGAAGAAAAAGGGAGCAGCUUCCAAAUCGCAAGCUGAUGAACAAGAACAAGAGGCGGCGGAAGAGGAACCAAUCGAUUUUGGAAGUCAUUUUGAACAAUAUAAUGCCCCUUCAUCGCAACCAGUUCGAAGCUCUUCAAUCGGACGACCAAGAUCGGGAGGAACCCCUCGAGGAAGUAUCGGUGCACUCAAUCGCAAUACACUACCAACAUCAGCAUCACAAAUGUACAGCAGCCAACAAAGCUUGGACCGCAACACCGGCGUACAAUCGAAAAUGCUCCAAAGAUACGCGAAAAGAAGCGGCUCUCAGGACAUGACGCAUUCCGAAGAAGCACGUCAAUUCAUCAGAGACGUUCACAGAAGUCAAGGCAGCCUCGAUCAGCAGCGUGUUUCACGUUCGACCUUGCUUCAAAAAUACACUCCAAAACCACUGAGCGCUUCGAUGGGCAACAGUCAACCCGCACCGGUGACAGCGAACGAAAGCGCUCCAAAAUCGACCAGUCAAAUCAGUUUGGACAAAAAUCGAAUGGAAAAAUCGGCCCUUUUGCAAAAGUACAAACCCAGGAACGAAACAGUGUCGAUAACCAUCACAGACACUUCAACGCUGGAGGGCGAGGAGGCUAAUCAACGCAUGGCCAGCGUGGCUUUCCAAGCCAAAAAACGCACAUCGAAAAGCAAUACGUUCGAUUAUCGUGAUCACGAAUAUGAACCUGUUGGAGAGCCGAUUGAAAAAGAUGCUGCAACUCAGGGUGCAGCAGCAGGUUUGGCUCCACCCGGCAACAACCAGCAGCGAAAACCGUCCAACGCUUCUCUGCGCGCAACGGGAGAAGAAGUGGACACAGUUAGCAUGGCGGAACUGCAACGCGACAUCGAAGACCAUCUUUUCACCCGUCAAAGCGAGGAAGAGGCAGCCGAAGCAGUGGAAACCGGACCAGAGAAAACUAGCAAAAUGAAAGCUGUUAUGACAAGAGCACAAGAAAGUGGAAAGAAAGCAAUGGCGAUGGCACAGGAAAGCAGCAAAAUGGCAAUGUCGCGAGCUCAAGAAGGGGGCAAGAGCUUACACCAAAAGCUUCGCAAACAAACCGAUAAAUUUAAAACCAAAAUGUCAACUAUCAACGUCAAAAAAGAUAAGGAUGCUGCUCCACUGGCCAGUCCAGAGAUUGUGACUACACCAGAAAUAGAAAAACUUGAUUUUACAAUUGCUGAACCGAAAGAAGAAAAUGAAACAGAACAAACUGAGCCAACUGAACCAACAUCGGACAAUGCAGAAGCUGCUACCCAACAGCCAUCUGCUGAAGGCAAUGGCACAGCAAAGAGACGCUUCAAAACAGCCGAGUUUGCGAAGCUGAAAAAUAUUCACAUGCCCAAGCUUCAAAAGCCAGAAUUUAAGCGACCUGAUUUUAGUAAAAUGUCUCUAGGUAAGGGUACCAAAAUCAAACGCCCAGAAAUACCAAAAUUCUUAACGGAAAAACCAGACUUUUCAAAGCUUAAAAUGCCUCAAAAGAUAGGAGCCAUCAAAUUGCAGCGUAGCAAGUCGAUGAAAGAAUCAUCCCCAUUGGCUAAUGCAAGUGCUGCUUCCCCAUCUGACCUGGAAACACCCUCGGUUAUGGGCGAAGAUGGCACGAAAAAGAAAAUCAAUUACACCGAUUUCAGCACAUAUCCACGCUUUUUGGAUAAAUUCAAGCGACAAAAAUCUGCACCAGGCAACGCAAGUGUAAAAGCUGCAACUCCUCCUCCACUGGAAUUCACAAAGACGACAAGAACUACAAGACCAAAAGGUCCCUCAUUCAUAUCCCGGUGGGCUGAAAAAUCUUCCGAAGACACUGGUAGCAAUCGAUUCUUUUCCGGUAGCGAAAUGGGUGAACGAGAAGGAUCAGUCGAAAGAAGAAUGCGUCAACGCUUGGAACAAGCAGAUUUCGACAUCCCGGAGCUGCCGGUCACUGCUGAGCAGAAACAAUUGGAGGAAUACGAUAAGGAAAACCGAGAAAUUCAUCUACUCUCGGCAGCUCGUCAUGACGAAUUCUUAAAACGUAAACCUCCUAUGGAACGGCAGGAAUCUGAUCUGGCGUCUGAAGAAGAGAAACAAUUCUGGGCUAGCUCGCUAGGUCAGAAAAUUCGGCACAACAUCGAUAUGAAUAGUAACGAUUUCGAUUUUCUCGAUGAAGAAGACCGCUUACGAACAGCACGUGAGAAUGAAACCUUAGGUCUGAGCGAACGAGAUCGUGCUAGGUUCUUGGGAGAAAACACAGAACAAUCGGAGAGAGACUAUGACAUGCGAUCUACAACUCCUUACUCUAACAAAGAGUGCCAAUCAUCUGGCGGAAGCUCCGGUAUACGACGACGAAAAGGUGUGUUAGAAGAAAUUGACGAUGACGAAUUUUUCCUGCGCCAAAAGGGAAUAUCGAAGGACAACAUUCAAAUGGGCGAAUAUAUAAGCACCGCCAUUAAGGAAGGCUUAAGUACACCAAAGAACGCGCUAGCCGAAAUGGGACGAUAUGAUUCGUACUACGACGAAGAUAUGGACGCUAGCGAAAGAAUGAGUGCAAGCGGUCUUCGUUAUUAUCAACCAAGCUUCGAAUCCGAUGAUGUCUCUAACAAACAGAGCUUCACUGAUGAAUUCCAAAGAAAUGCAGAAUUUUUCAAGACUUUUCCACCAGAUCGCCCAUCAAGAAAACAUAAAAAAUCGUACAAUGAAGAACAUGACGAUGAUCAACAGAAGGUCCCUUAUGAAUCUCGCCAACAGGAUGACCCUGAUGUAGCUUUCUAUCAUUCAGAUCGUAAGUAUAACGACGAUAAAUUGCAAACACCGUUCGAAAAGGAACAGCAGUACAUUGAUGACGAAUCUGCUGGCAAUGGAUUCACACGUACGGGAACUGCCGUACCUCCAACACCACCAAGACGCCGCAAGAAGCGCUUCCGUGAUGUUACUCCAUCGGUAUUAGAACCUUUCGGCGAAGGUUUGACUACAAAACCCAUUUACAAUAGCUUUACCAUUGGACCCGAAACGCACUUAUAUCGCGCUGAUGUUCCACUGGCCCAGGAAGAAAGUUUCACCACACCUCUACCGACUCCAAGAAGGUCACUUUCACGCUCUCAAAUGUCUAAAACCUUUGAUGACGACCGCACUUCUCGUGGAGCUGAGUCCUUCAUUUUCGGAGCGGAUGACAAUGCUCUGGUUAAAAACUCUCUCGAUAUGUCGGAAUCGAAUGGCUAUGCGACUGUAAGGAAAGAACCUCCGCCACGUCCUCCAGCUCCGAUUCGCCGUAGACGAUCUACGCGUUCACUAACGGAUCAACGCCAAUUCAACACGCUGCCCAACUUCCACUCGGUUUCUCCCAUGAGACCAUCGCGCAAUUAUAGCACAAUUAGUCCUAACAGGCCACCAAGAGGUAGAUCAAUCAGCAGUUUGAAUGACAAUCAAUUAAACACAACGAUUAUCAGCAAGGAGGAUCUUACACAAUACGAAUAUAUCGAAGAUACCGAAAACAAUGCGAAAGUGCACCAAACUUUACAAUCCGGAGCGAUAGUGAAUAAAAUGAAAGACAGACCUUUGCCACCACCGCCGCGUCCUCCGAGGGAACAUAAGAAGCCUCGAAAACCUGAACCGGACGACGAUAGGUAUGAUUUCGAUGGCGGUGCCGAACGUAUUUCCAGCUUUGGAGCAAUCGAACCGAGAACAGUAGAAGAAGUGGAAAUAGCGAUUCAAACUGAUCCUGUCUCAGAGGAUUUCGAAUUGGAUGCCGAAGUUUCGGAAACCAUAGGCAUCGCAGACGAAGCUGAAAAGCCACUGAAGACGCUGCAGGACAUUUUAAGAGAAGAGCAACAAGCGGAAAUAGAUCGCGCACGGCAGUUGGCAGAAGCAAAUAAUUUAAUGAGAGACAUUCAAAAGUUUAGAGAUUCCACGUCAUCGCUUUCACUGCAAGGAAGUCGGCCGGAAACACCUUCGGGAAUACUUCUUGAAAGACGAGUGUCGACACCUUCAUUCAAUGGACGUUCUAAUAACAUUUUACUUCGGCCGUUAAGUAUCGAAGAUCUGACGGAAGCUGAUCUUGCUAACGCUGAGGAUGACAAAUAUAUCGCAGAAUUAGUUAAUAAGUAUGUUUCUGAAGAAAAAGUUCCAGAAGUGAAAAGAGCUGUGAACAAGGUUGAGGCUGACUCUGGUGAGAAGAUGGAACAAUCUAGACUACAGCAGAUCGAAUCCAUGAUAGUGCAGGAUAACGUGGUGAGGGUAGAAGCUCCCAUAGUCCGUUCAGACCCAACAGCUCCACCAAGAAGAAGAUCGCUUGUAGCGUCUAACACAGAUUUGCCACGAAGUGUUGAAAUUCCUUCAAAUGUAAUUGAGGAAAUUGUAGAGCGACUGAGAACAAAUGAACAACAACACAUUGCUGAAUUGCAUCAAUUACAUCUACAACAGUUGGAAGAUCUCAAGAAACAACAGGAAGAACAGAAGCAUCUGCAAGAGCAAAAACUUGAAGAACAACAAAGACAAGUGCUCGAACAACAAAACCAACAACUGCACGAAACACAACAGCUCAAAGAACAAAUUCUACUUCAACAAGAACAGCAGAAAGCACUUUUACAGCAACAACAGCAACAGCAGCAGCAACUAUUGAUAGCACAACAGCAACAACAAAUUCUACUUCAGCAACAGGAAAAAGAGAGAGAAUUGCAACGAGAACGAGAGCGUGAACUUUUGAGAGAACGAGAGAUCGAACUAGAGAAAGCAAGAGAACGCGAAAGAGAACUCCACCAUGCCCGUGAGUUGGAACUUCAAAGGGCUCGCGAACUCGAACAGCAACGUGCUAAAGAACUAGAACAACAAAGAUUGCGUGAGAUGGAACUUCAGCGAGCGAUAGAGAUCGAACAUCAAAGGUUAAGGGAACUCGAAUUGCAAAGAGCGCAAGAAGCUGAAAUGCAACGUGCCCGUGAAGCCGAACUCAUGCGCGCAAGAGAAGCAGAACUGCAAAGAGCAAGAGAAAUGGAACUACAAAGAGCACGAGAUGCUGAACUCCACAGAAUACGUGAGGCAGAAUUGUUAAAAUCUAAAGAAUUGGAACUUUUGAAAAUUCAAGAAGCAAAACAAGAUAUCCAAAGGGAACGAACAACUGAUCCAGCAGCACAAGAAGAAACUGUUGACGCGGUACUCAAGGAAACGGUUGAUGCGGUGUUGAAGCUCAAAGAAGUUACCGAAGAAAUAGCGGUUGAAAUAACCGAAGCUUCCGAAGCUGUUCAGGAACCAUCGAAGACUGGCACUAUUCCGAAGGAACCCGUCAAAGAAACGGCGCCAGCUCGACCUCCUCCACCACGGAUAAGUCCUCAGAUAAGCCCAGAUGCGACAGCAUACCCUGAAUACGUACCAUACACCCUUCCUCCGCAGCCUUACUAUCCUGUGCGAAACUUCUCGGACGAUGAAGCGGCAUUCCCACAAGCACCUCAACGACGUCGAAGACAUCAUCGCUCUCGAAGAGAUUCCACAUCGGAGGAAGAGUUCCAACGAGAGCAACGAAAACAGCGCCACGGUACACGUUCACCUGAACCUUCUAUCCCAUCCCUCAGCGGGCAACUUAUUCGUGCGUGUGGAUCAUCGAUCAUGCAAACAGGUGACGACCUGAUGACUAUACUGAGGGCCAGCAGUAAAGAUGAGAACAAACGCGAUCUUCACAUAGCACUGAUAAUACUUAUUGUCAUUGUUGCUGGUCUGAUGGCGCUUGGUAUGAGCGGAGAAAAAUCUGUCCACCAUCACCAUUGGGAUUAUUUCAAUCCACCUGGGAACGCUAAAUAAAGAUAUCUGAGUGAAUGUGAUACGGUCAACUGCUCCUAUUCAGCAUCCUACAUUCUAAGGCGUUUUCGCUAGGUUCUGGAAUUUAGAGGAGGAAAUUUUACUGAUGAAUAGAGAUCGAAUAUAUCUACUAAAAAUAAUCUCCUAUUUGUUGAAUUGUGUGGAAUUCUUUUUUCUUUUAAUUUAAUUCUAAAUCACUUUCAGCCAUCUGCAUUUGAGCGUUUGCUAUUGAGCUAUAGAGAAUACGAAUUACAAAGCUAUAUUAACAUUUUACGGUACUCAGCCAACAGUAGAAGCAAAUUUUAUUUAAUGCACGUCGUUAAAGUUUCUAGCACAUUAGACACAUUCAAGUAAUUUCUAGUAGAAACAUUACACCAAUGGAAACCAACGAUGGCUAUUUUGUUCAAGAUUGUAAAGUAGGUCAACAUGAAGUCCGAGCUCUAGUUAGUGGAUUCGGACAAUCGCGAGUUUCGGUGCUAGUCAGGUAAUGUGUAGAUAGGUUGCAGCCAGAAGAUCGGAUUAAAUUUUCCACUAUUCGUCGUUAUCAAUGAUUUGGUUUUGUAGCAUAAUUUCAAUAUUAGACAAAUAAACGAAUGAAAAUCAAA